CACAGCCAAGAAGCAACAGCGGCAACAUACGCUGCCGGCCAACGUAAAAGACACGCAGUUAGUCAGCCUUGCACAAAACAGGCUUAAGGAGGAACAUUACUUAGUCAUUUGGGGGAGAGUAAAGCAAGGCAGUUCAUCCAGAAGUUUUGCAAAGAAGUGGUUCUCGUGUGUUUAAAGCCGAUUUAAUUUGUUGUAACAAUCGUGAAGUAUAGCACAAGUAUCUUGUGCCGCGUUUUGAACUUGCUACAAACUCCAAAAUGGCAUCUAAGGGCGGCGAGGUGGAUCCAAAUGCUAACAAACUCAGACAAACCCAGGCUCAAGUUAACGAGGUCGUCGGAAUCAUGCGAACAAACGUUGAAAAGGUGCUUGAAAGGGACCAGAAACUCUCAGACCUGGGCGACCGCGCGUUCGCUCUCCAAAACGACGCCUCACAAUUCGAGCAGAGUUCGCGAAAACUUAAACGUUGCUAUUGGUGGCAAAACACCAAAAUGAAUAUCAUCAUUGGCACUGUUGUCGGAAUCAUUCUUAUCAUUGUACUUAUCAAAAUUUUCCACUGAAAGUUCAAACCAUGUAUUAAACCAUGUAUUAGGACAUUAAACAGCAAACAGCUAGGUCCAGAAGACAUAACGAUGUCACGAAACAAAGAAGGACCGAUCUUCUCUGAUUUACUGACAGUCUUGGACAAGGCUGACAUUUCAUGGGCUGCUUUUAUUUCCGUUGGGAUGGACGUCUACUUCCUUACUUCCUAGAUGACAGAACGGAGACAUAUUUUUAAACCUCGGGUAUACACCAACAAUGAUACAUAUAAGUGGAAACUGUGCUUUUGCUUUCGAUGUGCCUGUAACUAAGGUGUUUUUUUAUACAGCGUUGACUUACAUAAACGUACAUAGACAUAUAUACCGAAUCGCAUAUGACACAUAUGAGCACCAAACUUUUUGUUUUUAUAUAGGCAUGGAUACUGACACAACUACACAGAUCAGAAGUAAAAAACUAAUCGAUGCAAACGUUAAUUGCUGCACGAUAAGCAGUUAUGUUGUACCGAACUUAUUAAUGCAUCCUUCAAGAGCUACUCCGCAACAAGUGACUCGAGCAUUGGAAAUGGGUGCGACUCGGUACUAUGUGAGAAUGAAGAAAUAAAACCGUUAAGACGUAUAUACGAACGACAAAUGGCUUUAGAUUGGUCGACGUAUAUCGUUCCGUUCGAUAGCACAGCAUAGCAUGUAGCAACCCUCUCGCAUUCUAUUAUAUUGCAUGCGACACACUUUCUUCAUAAUAAAUAUUGGGGUUGUGACCACGACAUAUUGGUGCUAUUUGCCUUCCAGCUGCGAUGUUUCGGAUACUGUAGGGUAAUGCGUCAGCCGCUAGAUGGCAAACUACAUUUGGCAAAUUGUAGAGCUCGGAGAUUCACCGUAUCAUCGAUAAGCGGCUAUAAAAUUUAACACGUUAGACAAGUUAAGGGGUGUCAAAGUUUAACCAAGCAAUAUCAAAUUAAAUAAAUGGUGAUAUACAACA